UUGUGGUGCUCACGCAAAGUCACGUAAAGUGUAUCGCGACAAACUUGUUGAUAACAUGGUGACAUGUGCGACCAGUAUAAAACUUUGAAACUCGGGUGAGCAUCAUUCACAAGUCGUGAAACAUUCACACUUAAUACUACAAUGGCCGGCAAAGCUAUCCUUUUCGUCUGCGCUUCUGCGCUCUUUACCCAGUGUGCUCUUGGACAGUGCCUCGGCCGCCUCGGCCCACUAGCUGCUGGCCCCAUUGCUGCUCCCUGUGCCGCACGCACCCCUCUGGCCUAUGACGGCUUGGCGUUGGAUGGUCUUACUGGCUGGAACGCCGGCCGUCUUGGCUGCGGCGCCUAUGGACCCGCCAUCGCUCCCGCCGUAGAUAUUGCCGCCGCUAGCACCCUCAACGCUGCCUACGGUGGUGGUCUGCCCGUCGCCACUGCCUCCGCCGCCGCCCCCACCGGCCUCGCUGUCGCCUCUGAGAACGUGUACGAGGGUCCCGUCGCCGUGGCCGGUAACCUGCCGUUCCUCGGCACCGUCGCUAUGGAGGGAGUGUUCCCGACCGCCGGCGCCGGCGCUGUGUCCUACGGUUGCGGUGACGGUGCUGUCGCCAUCACCGCUGAGGGUCCCAUUGCUGGUCCCGCCGCCAUCGCUCCCGCUAUGGCUCCGCUCGGACUCGCCCCCGCUGCCAUUGCCCCCGCCGCCGCUAUCGCCCCAGCUAUGGCUCCUCUUGGCAUCAGAGGAAUCGGUGCCCGUGGAUGCGGCUGUGGUACUUCCUACCUUUACUAGGAAUUUGAAAAAUCUUAUAAUUAAAAUAUAAAAUAAAUUAGCAAAUCAUUA